AUGGAGAAUGUCACCAUUCCUUUAUUACUUGUGAUAGCCUAUCAAGCAUCACAAAGGAAUAUUCUUUAUUCCUUUCCCUUCCCAACCACUCAUUCAAAAUAUCUAUUUUUCCUCUUAUUCUCACCACACAUUCAAAUUUCUGAUCACACUCUCUCCACGUGGGCCCCACCCACACCCAAUCAGAUUUUCUCUCUCUCUCUCACAUUCACUCUCUCACUCACGCUCUCCCUCUUCCACUCUCGACAUCUCUCUCUCACUUUCUCCUUCUUCACUUCUUCUUCUUCUUUGCAACAAACACCAUCACCAUACUUCUUCUUCCCUCCUUGGCCAAGCAGCCGCCACCCAUGGCCAACCACCGCCACCACCGCGCUCUCCUCACGCGAGCCAGAGCACCACCACCUUCUCCCUCACGAACCAGCCCCAUCAAGCCAUCAUCUUCCUCUUUUCCUUACCUCUGGUUCAGAUACGAGCACACCACCAACGUCCAGCACCACCGCGAGCACCACCACCACCAGGAUUGACCAAAAACGGCGCCAAACAGAGGAGUUUGAAACCCUAACUUCAGCCACCUUCAAGCUUCGAUCUCCGGCGAACCCCUUAGCUUUUGGAGAAACGAAUACCACCACUGAACUCCCCUCAUCAUCAGCUUCAAAACCCCUAAAGAAAUUUCUGAUUCUGACCAUCUCCGCCGGAAACCGCCGCCAGCCGCCGUCAACCACCGUCUUCUCCGGCCAACCUUCGCCGGAGAAGGAACUGAACUCAGAAAUAAGGAGCUCUCCUCCUCCUCUUGCUGAAUUGAUUAUCAAUUUUGGUUUUGUGUUAUUGCCGUCAGCCUUGAUGAUCAUGCUUGGAGAGGGCAGCCAUGACCAGCCAAGGAGAACCUUACCACUGCCUUCAACUUUGAUAGGGUACGAAGAACGGAAGCACCUUGCAUCGAAGCUACACAAUGGAAUAAAGCGAGUCUACAUGGGGAAAGCAAAUAUGUGAUUGGAUUGGAGUUGCAACUUAGUAAGGGAGUUGGCUAAGGUGAGGGCAACUUACUUACUAGCUAUUGCUUUGUAGGCGUCGAUCAAUUCGACUUGGUUAUUGUGUUGAUAUUGAAUACUGCUUUGGUUUUGAUUAUUGCUUGGAACUGAGAAAAUGAUUUAUGGAGGUUUCGGCCAAGUGAACUUAUAUGAGACGUGUGUCUCCGUUUUCUGAGUGGCUUCGGCCGUUUACUGGUUUCUGUCUUAUCGCUUUCUAGUGGAUAUGACAGGGUUAUGUUUUGCAGCACUGCAUUAAUGUUUCAUCGCUCAAUAGAGCUUGAUGUAUUUGUGUUUAUGAUUAAAUUGUGCUGACUAUAUUCGUGCAUUUAAUGCGACUUUCGGAGUGUGGAUUACACUUAUCUUCAUCAUGGCAAUGACGGGUUUGUUUUGGGAAUGUUUGAUAGGUCGAACCAAGGUUCGAGCCUUUAUUGUUUUAGGAUCGAGACCUUCCCGGGGAAUUACUUGGGUUUAUUGGGAUCUUUUUACUUAUAGGGUUUUGGAACAAAAGAGAAACGAAACUUGACUUCAUAAAUGAAAUUCAUAAUGCAUUAACCAAAGAUAGAACAUCUUCAAAUAGUAAUAACAAUUUCUUGGAAAAGACUUAGGAUCUGAAUUAAGUUUGAAAACGGGAAGUGUCGGCGAUCCUAGCGUUGUGACUGGGAUAGUCACUGAGUGUGGAUGACACUCCUUGCUCCUUGAGCAUUUGGUUCAGUCUUCAAGAGGAUGAGCUGUUGUGACGAGAAGUCACAGAAUGCGAGCAGCAUUCUCUCUAAUCGUUGAUGAGUUGUUUGGCCAUCGAGAUGGUGAGCCAGGGUAACUUGAAAGGUCACUGAGUGCGAGAUGCAUUCUUUUGCUCGUGGAGCAGUUUGAUUGGCCAUCGUGACGGUGAGCCAAAGUGACUAGGAAAGUUACCAAGUGCGACUAGCACAUCUUUGUUUACCUUAGGGUAUUGUAGAGACAAUGUACUCUAGCUAGACACGCGUACCUUGGUGAGGACGUUUCGUUGUUUGGCUAACCAUAUUGCAUUCAUGCAUACAUUUUUUGGAAAGUGUGCUGCUUUCCGAAGGACGAUCUCAGAUCGGACUUCAUAGGAGCGUGCUGCUUCACAGGAGCGAGAUGCUUCAUAAAAGCGAGAUGCUUUACAGGAGCGAGAUGCUUCAUAAAAGCGAGAUGCUUUAGCGGAGCGAUUUGCUUGGCUCGUCCCAUCCAUCGAGAUGGUGACAUUUUAUCCGGAUCAUCUUUUGAGCAUGACAUUGCAUUGGCACGCCAUGCACCUAACUAUAUUUGUUGAUGUGUUGAAGAUCCAAUUGUCAUUCGUGAUUCGAUGUUGAUAAAUAUGCUAUGUAUAUACCUUAGGGUAGGCAAUACAUAAGUUAUACGUAUAUAUACAACAUAUAUAUAUAUAU